GGCUAGGGAACAGUGAGCAGCCAGUGAAGCAUCCAGCCUGCCGAACAAGCCUGCUUUUAGGGUCAGGAACUGGUCUGACAAGAGAAUGGCAAUCCUGCCGCCUUCAAACUGUCACUAGGACCCGGAGCGGAAGAGGAUGAAUCCACCAGAGGUGCUGGCUCACAGGCGAAACACGGACCGAGAGAAUGUGAAGACAUAUUUCAGGACAUUGUGAGUGCUACUAAAGAUGUCUGAUAGUGUCGAUAUUGAAGAGAAACCACCAGCCCCUCCCUUGAGAAUGAACAGUAGUUCCCGAGACUCUUCAUCAGUGAAUCCUGCCUCUAAACCGCUUCCAAUGGCUCCCGAAGAGAAAAUCAAGAAGGUGCGCCUGCGCUCCAUCUUCCCUGGAGGAGAUAAGACAAACAAGAAGAAGGAGAAGGAGCGUCCCGAGAUAUCCCUCCCCUCCGACUUUGAACACACCAUCCAUGUUGGCUUUGACGCAGUAACAGGAGAAUUCACAGGCAUCCCAGAGCAAUGGGCGCGCCUCCUACAGACCUCCAACAUCACCAAACUGGAGCAGAAGAAGAACCCACAAGCCGUAUUGGACGUCCUCAAGUUCUACGACUCCAAAGAGACCGUCAACAACCAGAAGUACAUGAGCUUCACCUCAGGAGACAAGUCCGCACAUGGUUACAUAGCAGCAAACACUCUGAAUCGACUGCUGUCAUCUGGGCCACCUGUCAGCCUUAGAACCUGCAGCGCAUUAUUUGACAAGGGUGCCAAAACAUCAACUUCAGAACCCCCCAUCGCGCCGCCUGUGUCAGAAGAGGAGGACGAGGAGGAAGAGGAAGAAGAGGAGGAGGAGGAAGAUGAAGACGACGACGACGAUGAACUUCCACCGGUCAUUGCGCCUCGACCUGAGCACACCAAAUCUAUCUACACACGCUCAGUCAUGGACCCACCCAAGCCUCCCACCCCUGUCCAAGAGGUGGUGACGCCACCCGAGUCGCAGGUCCAGCCCGACAACACAUCCAGCACAAUGUAUCGUAACACGGACCGCCAGAGGAAGAAGUCCAAAAUGACAGAUGAGGAGAUCCUGGAGAGACUCAUCUCUGACUCAGGGAGUAUCGUGAGUGUCGGGGAUCCUAAGAAGAAGUACACGCGCUUUGAGAAAAUAGGACAAGGGGCUUCUGGCACUGUGUAUACCGCCAUCGACAUAGCAACAGGCCAAGAGGUGGCCAUCAAGCAGAUGAACCUGCAGCAGCAACCCAAGAAGGAGCUGAUCAUCAAUGAGAUCUUAGUGAUGAGGGAAAACAAAAACUCUAAUAUAGUCAACUACCUGGACAGUUACCUGGUAGGAGAUGAGCUGUGGGUGGUGAUGGAGUAUUUGGCCGGCGGCUCGUUGACAGACGUGGUGACUGAGACCUGCAUGGACGAGGGCCAGAUAGCAGCGGUUUGCAGAGAGUGUCUUCAGGCGCUGGACUUCCUCCACUCCAACCAGGUGAUCCACCGAGACAUAAAAAGUGACAACAUCCUUUUGGGCAUGGAUGGUUCGGUCAAGCUGACCGACUUUGGCUUCUGCGCCCAAAUCACUCCGGAGCAGAACAAGCGCAGCACAAUGGUGGGGACGCCUUACUGGAUGGCACCGGAGGUAGUGACCCGGAAGGCUUACGGCCCAAAAGUGGAUAUCUGGUCUUUGGGAAUUAUGGCUAUAGAAAUGGUGGAGGGCGAACCGCCGUACCUAAAUGAGAAUCCACUCAGGGCCUUGUAUCUGAUCGCUACCAACGGGACACCGGAGCUCCAGAACCCAGAGAGACUGUCCUCAGUCUUCAGAGACUUCCUCAAUCGUUGCCUGGAGAUGGACGUGGACCGCAGAGGUUCUGCCAAGGAGCUGCUUCAGCAUUCCUUCCUCAAGCUGGCCAAGCCGCUGUCCAGCCUGACGCCUCUGAUUGUAGCUGCCAAGGAAGCCAUAAAGAACAGCAGUCGCUAGAGGGCGCCCUCUAUGCUCACCCAAGGCUGCAGCCCUGCUUGUGCGUGCAGGCCGGGUCAUGUGACGGCACAAAGCGGGAGGGGGUCCGAGUGGAGCUCUCUCUUCCCCCUUGCAUUUACGUAGGACGGAUGUCGGCCUUGCAGCCUCUCGGCCCCGUGCUGCUACUAAAAAGGACACGUUUUUCUUUGCGCUCAUGUACAUGUAGAGCAAUCCAUCACUAGUGUGUGUGUGUGUGUGUGUGUGUGUGUGUGUGUGUGUGUGU